AUGGGUAGCCGUUACGAGUCCAGCGAUGGCAAGAAGGUUUACAUAGGUGGGCGGCGCGUCGUCUUCGUACAAUUUUCUUCAGGGAACCUGAACCCGGAGGCCACGGUAGAUGAUGUGGAAUCUUUAUUUUCAAAAUUCGGUACUAUUGCGAACGUAUGGGUCGCCCGCAGACCCCCGGGGUUCGCGUUUGUGACCUUCGAGGACACCCGCGACGCUAGUGAUGCCAUCGAAGAAUUGGAUGGAACCGAGUUCAAGGGCCAAAACCUAAAGGUGGAGCUGUCUAAGGGUCCACGACCUAGGCAUCGCAGGGACCGCAGCAGGGGUAGAGACCCCUAUUCUUCCAGGCGCAGUCCGAGCCCCCGCAAGCGCAGCAAGACCAAGUCGCGAUCACGAUCACGCAGCGGCGGCAGGCGCGUCAGGUCCCGCAGCCCCAGCUACGGGAGGGCUGGCUCCAGGGACCGCCGUUGA